AUGAUUGAUGGUAAUUUAAUUGAUUUGGAUUCAUUUUUUUUAUCCGGUUCUUGUGCCAUGAUGCCACUUUUGGACAACACGCCGUCGUCGUCAUUGUCCGAUGCAUUUCUGGAUGAUUUCGACGAUAUAAGUUAUAUGACAGUACCGGAAGGUGCAUGCACGUCUUUGAAAAAAGACAAAAAAACAAACGUCGCCGCCAUUUUGAUUGCAUUCAAAAAAAAAAAAGUUAGAAUUAUUCAUAUUAGGUCAUUAACGAAAGUUAAAAAUAAAACAACUGAGAUUAAACGUGAUAUAAAUUUUCAAGGGCCUUUGGUAGAUUUAUCAACUUGUUUUAACGAUUUCGAAUCGUGGUUGGAAAAAUGUCGAAACGAUUGCGAAGAGAUAAUGGAAAAUUCGUGGGCGAACGUACCGGAAAUCAAAUCGAAUGAUAUAAAAGAAACGUGUAAGAAGACCACUAGUCUUAGCGAAUUAGAAAAAAGCGUUCGAUCUGUUUCACCGGCGAGCGCAUUGGCAUCUCACGAUUACACGGAUUGCGUAGUCAUGACCACUAAAAAAACAUUCGAGUGUCCUUACGAUUCGUGCGAAAAAAUGUACACGAAAUCAUCACAUUUGAAAAUACAUUUGAGACGUCACACGGGUGAAAAACCUUUUGUUUGUAGUUGGCCAUCUUGCGAAUGGAGAUUUUCACGUUCGGAUGAAUUAUCGAGACACGUUCGAUCUCAUUCAGGUGUUAAACCGUAUCCGUGUUUCGUUUGCGGUAAAAGUUUUUCACGUUCCGAUCACUUAACGAAACAUAAUAAAAUUCACACGAGAAAAAAAAAAGAAAGAGGAAAUGUUUUACUCACAAAUUCUGGAGGUAUGAAAAAAAAUAAUUUUUUUAUAUCCCGAAGGUAUUUGGUCGAUUGUUCCAGAUGA